ACUUCUUUCUUUGAACAAAAAAAAAAAAAAACAUUUACUUCUGGAAAUAAAUAAAAGAAACUAUUCCUCUGAGAUUUCUGGAAAAAAACUGGUUUCGUUGUUCAAAGUGAAUUUGAAGAAGUCUCUCUCGGUCACCGGCAAAAAAGUGGGAAGAUGGAUGCGAAAUCAGCAGCAUCGGCGUCAUCAACCACCGCUAAGAGAAAAUUCAUUGCUUCAGGGAGGUUGAUUGAUAUCUAUGCUGUUGAAUGUAAACUUUGCUCGAAGUGGAGGAAGAUUGAUACUCAAGAAGAGUAUGAGGAGAUCAGAAGUAGACAACGGGAGGACCCAUUUGUGUGCAACAAGAAAGAAGGUGUUUCCUGUAAAGAUGCUGCAGACCUCAACUAUGAUUCCUCCAGAACAUGGGUCAUUGACAAGCCUGGCUUGCCUAAGACACCAAGAGGGUUCAAGAGGAGCUUAAUUCUGAGAAAGGACUACUCGAAAAUGGAUGCUUACUACAUAACUCCUACUGGGAAGAGGCUCAAGUCUCGCAACGAAAUCGCAGCAUUCAUUGAAGCCAACCAGGAUUAUAGUUAUGCACCGCUUGAAGAUUUCAAUUUCACUGUCCCAAAGGUGAUGGAAGAUACUAUCCCUAGUACUACUGUCCAUGGUGGUCUAACUAUCAGGUCAAGACCCAGAACCAUAAGCCAUCCAAGGAAAAUUAUUAAUUGAGCUACACAGUGCUUCCGAGUCUCCAAGCUUCUGAUGUUUUUCUCGGAGUGAUCUGGGAUCUCUGGGUUCUAGUUGGUUUAGUUUUUGUAAGGGGUUUAGGUUGAACUUGUGACUUUAUAAUGUAUUUCAAACCCAUCUCUUUGACUCUGAUUUGGUCUUUAUUAUGUAAUGAGUGAUGAUAUUUUCUUCUCUU